CCGUGCCAAAUGGACAGCGCUGCCAAGAUGGAAAUCGCCCACAGCCAGUUCAUGCAGCCAGCCUGCUUCUUUGCCACCCAGAGCUUGCAGCUGAGCCCCUCAGAGGGACAGCCGGCUAACACCAAGUCCUUGCCUAAGCUGAAGAGGCAGCGCUCGUCCUCCCCUGAACUCAUGCGGUGCAAGAGGAGGUUAAACUUCAGCAGUUUCGGCUACAGCCUCCCUCAGCAGCAGCCGGCAGCAGUAGCCCGGCGCAACGAGAGAGAGAGGAACCGGGUGAAGCUGGUCAACCUGGGCUUUGCCACUCUCCGGGAACAUGUCCCCAACGGUGCGGCCAACAAGAAGAUGAGCAAGGUGGAGACGCUGCGCUCGGCUGUGGAGUAUAUCCGGGCGCUGCAGCAGCUGUUGGACGAGCAUGAUGCGGUGAGCGCUGCUUUCCAGUCUGGAGUGCUGACACCUGCCAUCUCCCCCAAUUACUCCCAUGAUAUGAACUCUAUGGCGGGGUCACCCGUCUCCUCAUACUCCUCUGAUGAGGGCUCCUAUGACCCUCUCAGUCCUGAAGAGCAAGAACUGCUAGACUUCACCACCUGGUUCUGAGCUUUAUGGAGCAGGACUGUUGCAAAGACUGCAAAUUCACCUUCCUACACUGGAAAACAAAGUGAAGCACAUAGGAGCUGCAAAAAUCUCCAAGAACACUGAAGCACUAAAUUUGCACUCCAGACCAAUCCACGGGAUGAAAUG